UUAAUCAAGAGCUCAAUGCCCUGGCAGCUCAAGUACAGGAGGCCGAUCGAUACAAGGAUAGGAAGGCCGAGCUGGAAAAGAAGCAACGUGAUAAGCUCACAUACAGCUUGUAUGAGAUAGAGAAGGAGGCGGAUGCCUUAUUGGAAUCCAGUGAAGGGUUGCUGGAGAGCUACGAAGAAGCCAAGGCAGCAGUACAAGAAGCACAGCGGCAACAGAGUGCUGCAGGGGAGGAGAGGAAGGCGAUUGCUGAGGAACAUGACCGUCUGCAGAUGAGGUGA